UUUUUUUUUUUUUUCGCUAUCAAUAUCAUGGAUUGUUUCCCGUCACCGCCAAUGUCACCCACCCUUCUUCCUGAUCGUAUCGUCUGCGGCUCGUGCGAUAAAGUCUUGUCCUCAGACUGGUUCUGCUCCGACUGUCAUACAAAAUGUUCUAUUUGCAACCGGUUUCUGGCACUUGAAGAGUUUUGUACACGGUGUUGGGCAUUUGAUUCAGGCGUUAAUGCUUACGUACGAAAACAACCCACCAGGGACAGACUCCUGCAUCCAUAUUCUUUCAUCUUGCGAGAGGACAUUAUACCAUCACCUACUUCCAGCAGUAGUAGUCACUCCUAUACCUCAUCGCCUUUUUUUGUAUGAUAUCGAUAGCGACUUUUUUUUCCUUUUUGCCUUGUGUAAAUCAAGGAACAAGAGGCAGCCAACUGACGACGCAGGAGCUCCAAUAAUCACAUUCCAUUUCAGUAAUACCAGCUGCAUCAUCUCAUACCAAACAAACGAGAAAAAACCUCAACACAACCCACCAUCCGCAUUCCCCAUCUACCAAAGCUCUUUCUACCAUCCUCUUGUUCGUUUUUGUGUAUAUUGUACAUCAAUCCAAAAAAAAAAACCAGAAAACCGGAAAAAAAAUAAAAAACCACAUAACUUUAAUAAAUGGAACAUGUGAAACAAAA